UAUAACUUAUUACUUAAAAUGUCAUUGUUUUCAUCGGUGCAUUUAUUGCACCAAAUUAUCUGUUUCCUUUAUAUUUAUGUUGCAUUGAUAAAAUAACUGUAUAUAAUGUCCCGAAAUGAUUGACACUUGAGUAGUUGUUGUCUGAACCAGAAAACAAUCAGAAACCAUGAGAGUCCUGAUUCUCGCUGCCCUCAUCGCUGUGGCUGUGGCCCACCCAGGCCUGGUGCCAGUAGGUCCUGCUGGCCCAGUCCCCGCACCUGAACCUGAAGCAAUCCCACCCAUUGCUAUCGGCCCUGCCGUGGUUGACGAUAUACACCCCAUUGCUAUCGGCCCUGCUGUCGUUGACGACUUACACCCCAUCGCUAUCGGCCCUGCCGUGAUUGACAACUUACACCCCAUCGCUAUCGGCCCCGCCGUCAUUGACAACUUACACCCCAUCUCUAUUGGCCCCGCCAUCAUUGACCACAUACUGCCAGAGCCAGAAGCUGUUAUUGAACCCGAAAUUCUUCCUGACCCCGUGCACAUUGUUCCUGAGCCCGUUGUCGUCCCUGCUCCUGCUCCGUCUCCUAAGGGUCCCCUUGUGCAAAUUAUCUUGAACAUCAACUCAGUUGAGAGCGCGGGUGCAGCUGUACCAGUUAAGCCUGUGCAUGUGGUGGACGAGGCUCCCGAGCCCGUGCAUGUUGUCGAUGAACCUGAGCCCGUCUACAUCCCGCCCGCGGUCAUUGGUGUGCCUGUUCUUCCUCAACCAGCUGUCGAAUCCCACCAGCACCACCACUAAGAAGACCACCACACUGUGAACCACUUAAGCCGUCUCCACUCUUAAACUCCAAGUGGUCACUUCAAUACUGAAGUUUUUAUAAACUAUCGUUUGAAAUCUAUAACUCUAGCCGUGCCGUGUUAAAAGACAAAUUAAAUGAAUGUUUUGAUCAAU